GGGAAACUCCCUAAUUGAUUGCAACAAUGGUGUCCAGUCUGAAUCAAAACUCUCCAUUCUCACCCCAUAUUCUUGGGGAAGCAAGGGUCUUUUUCAAGAAUCAAUCUUUAUCUAGGUUCAAAUGUUUGAAGGUAAUGCGUUUUUCCUCAUUCAGGUUGUGUUUCUCCCGUGUUAUUGACAAGCUUACAAGGUUAUAACCUUAACCCAUACAGUUUCAUCUCUUUGGGAUCAAAAAAGAGAGAAAAGGUUAGGUUUUUAGUACUUGAAUUAGAAUCUGAACUCUAGAAAAAGGGAAUAAGCAUAGGCAUAGGUUGUUAGGGGUAGUGAAGGAUGGUAGUCAAAGGCCGGGGCGUCUUAGGCCUAUUUCUUUUGGUGAUUUUGCUUGGGUUUGUGAAGAAUGGGGAAGCUUUAGCUCAUGCAAAUACUGUCUUGAUAAAUUGUGGUACAAAUGCAAAUGUUACUGUUGAUGGUGCUAAUUGGGUGGGCGAUAAGGCCCCUAACAAAAAUAUAACUCUCAGCACUUCGCGUAGUAUUGAGGCCUCAACUUCCUCGGUUGAUGGCAAUCCAGAUUACGAGUCUCUUUACAGAACUGUCAGAAUAUUUUCAGAACCUCUGAACUAUACAUUUCAUGGAGCACCCGGGAAUUAUUUCCUUAGGCUUCAUUUCUACCCCUUUACGUUUCAGAACUACAACGCCAAUCUGUCUUACUUUGGUGUUGAGACUUGUGGUUUCACAUUGGCUUCCAGCCUCAAUGUCCCAUAUGCUAUUUCGCAAAAGAAUAGGAAUUCUAGCUUUGUUGCAUUAGUGAAGGAGUAUUAUGUUCCUAUUCAAACCAAUUCUACUGUUAUUACGUUUCGGCCAGAUAAAGAAUCUUUUGGUUUUGUUAAUGCCAUAGAGAUUGUCCGAGUCAUUGAUAAGUUGUUUGUUGAUUCUGUUAAGCAAGUGAGUGGAAAUGGUGCCACUGUUGCUUUGGAUUUGCAAAAACGUGGGAUUGAGACUAUGUAUAGAUUGAAUAUUGGGGGUACAUUGAUCAAACCUGAUCAAGAUUCAAGCUUUAGGAGGAUAUGGGAAGAGGAUUCGAGCUAUAUGAUCAAUCAAGACGCUGGAACAGAAUUAAAAAACACGUCUAAAAUUACUUAUGCUUCCCCAAAUGCUACAACCCUAGCUCCACUUCUUGUGUAUGAAACAGCAAAAACUAUGACCAACACUUCUUUAGUAGUGCAGCUAAGAUUCUUUAAUAUGUCAUGGAGAUUCCCCGUGGAUCCAAGUUUUGAUUAUCUAAUCCGCUUACACUUUUGUGAGCUAGUAUACGAUAAAUCAAGUCAACGGAUUUUCAAAAUCUACAUAAACAAUAAAACUGCAGCAGAGAAUGUUGAUAUUUUCACAAAAGCGGGAGGAAAGAACAAGGCAUACCAUGAGGAUUACAUUGAUGGCAUGACCUCAAAUUCCAACAACCUUUGGGUGCAAUUGGGCCCUGAGGCGGCAUCAAGUGAUCAAGGUUCUGAUGCUGCAUUAAAUGGUUUAGAGAUAUUCAAGUUGAGCCGCGAUGGUAAUCUUGGCUAUGUACCGAACCUUGGGGAUGAAGAAAGCAAAGGGAAGUCAAAGAUGACCCUUUCGUUGGGAAUUGGAUUUGGGAUUGCACUUGUUGCAGUUAUAGCUUGGCUGAUCAUUUGUCUGCGUAAAAAGAAGAGAACUAAAGAUGUAAAACCCAAGAAGAGUUGUGGAAGAUCUGGGAAACGGUUCACACUGGUAGAUCUCAAAGCAGCAACAAACAACUUUGAUGAAAGCUUGGUGAUUGGAGUGGGAGGUUUCGGCAAGGUAUACAAAGGAGAGCUAAACGAUGGCAUUCUUGCAGCGAUUAAGCGAUCGAAUCCACAAUCUCAACAAGGUCUAGUAGAAUUUGAAACAGAAAUUGAACUGCUGUCAAAGCUAAGGCAUAGGCAUUUGGUAUCAAUGAUUGGAUUCUGUGAUGAGCAGAACGAAAUGAUAUUGAUAUACGAGUAUAUGUCCAAUGGGACUCUCAGGAGUCAUCUUUUCGGGGGUGACCUACCAUCAUUAAGUUGGAAGCAAAGACUAGAGAUCUGCAUCGGGGCUGCUAGGGGGCUGUAUUAUCUUCAUACAGGAUCAGAGCGUGGCAUCAUUCACAGGGAUGUAAAGACAACCAACAUACUGCUAGAUGGAAGCUUUGUAGCAAAAAUGGCAGAUUUUGGGCUGUCCAAGAGCGGCCCUUCUUUGGAGCACACACAUGUUAGUACGGCAGUGAAAGGAAGCUUUGGAUACCUUGAUCCCGAGUAUUUCAUGAAACAGCAGCUUACUGCCAAAUCUGACGUUUACUCAUUCGGUGUAGUGUUGUUUGAAGUUGUGUGUGCACGGGUUGUUAUAAACCCGUCCUUGCCAAUGGAACAGAUUAACCUUGCAGAAUGGGCGAUGAUUUGCCAAAAGAAGGGAGUACUCGAAACCAUAAUUGACCCAUCACUUCGGGGGAAUUAUUCUCCCAAGUCAUUGAAGAGUUUUGCAGAGAUUGCUGAGAAAUGUCUUGCAGAUGAGGGGGUGGCCAGACCAACUAUGGGAGAGGUUUUAUGCCAUUUGGAGCAUGCUUUACAACUUCAAGAGUCUUGGCUGCACCCUAACGAUGCCAAUAGCUCUCAUGCUCUCGAGUCACUUGAUGAGAGAGAACACGAGCAAUAACCUCGCGCUGUAAAUACCAAGGAAGAAAGCAGAACUGCUCCAACCACAACAAACAAUUCCUUCCCAUCAAAUAGUUCUCGCGGUUUAUGGAUCGGAUCAAGCAGAAAGUUUGAAGGUACAUUUUAGUGUAUGCACUGGUAUUUAGUUUAAAUUCUUUUGUAUUGUGAAAGGUAG